UGGCGUUCUUGUCGUGUUCCAUUCAUUAGCUCUAAAUGUUUAAGGUUGGCACUAUAAGCAGAUUGGUCAAAGAAUGGGAUUGAUCUUUUUUUCUUUUAAUUAACGGUCAUUCAACGGGCCUCUGCAGGAUGGACAGAUUUAUAACCUACAAAAAUGAAAUUAAACCACCCUAACUCAUCCCUGCUGCUCAAGGACAAAAAUAAAUACAGAAGUAUUUUUACCAUGAAGAAAUAAUUGUAUUCAUAUAGCACAUUUUGAACACUGGGGUAACUGCGUUACUUUAAAGUUAGUAUAAAGCACCUGUGGUAACUAAGCAGUGAUGAAAUGGACCAAAACAUGUAGAAAACUACAUAAAAUAUUUUAAUUCCAUAAAACCACCAAAGGAUUCUGAAAGAUUCAAAAUUAGCUACUUUUGGUUAACAUCUGUGUGCUCUAGUAAUAUAUAAUAGUUAAGUGCCUAAUGCACAAUUUAUAUUUUAAAUGUUUUAUUUUGUGACUUGUAAGUGGUUUUGGAAAGUGUUUCAAUAUAAUACGAAAUUAGUUUGACAUGUUACGUACUAUUAACUAAGUAAUAUACAGUAUAAUAUAAAUGUAAUACUAAAGUGGCCAUUGGCAAAGACUACUUGAGUGAAGCAGCAGGAGCAUUGUUUUAGUUGCUAAAUGUUUUAUUCACAUGAAUUACCUCACUUGGUGCCUUUCCAAGGGAUGUACCAAAAUAUUCCAAUUUCAAAAUAUCUGAAAUCUAAUAAGAGGCUAUUUGCUAAAUAUUCUUGACUAAAAGACAACCUUAUUCCCGUGAAGUUUUUUUUAAAAGCUUUUCUCAUAGCAAUGCUAGCUGUUUCCACUGAUGCUAAGCUACCCAGCUGCUGACUCACGCAUUUAGCUUACAAAUGAGCAGUAACACUAAAAACCAAGCCACUGUGUAGCGCUUCUAUUCCAUUAAGCUCCAUUUCGAAAAGCUACGCUAUUUCUAACACAAUUUUUACUGUAUUAAACCCAUGGCUAGAUUUGUCAUUCUAUUGUCUUCCAACGUGAGACGCUGCCUCUCAGCUCCUCGUGAGUCUGCAACAUUCUGCGUGUGUAGCCAACAGUUUAAUGUUCAAUCGUUUGUACAUUUACAUUAUUCUAUCUGAUCUUUGAGUGUAACACACCUGUGUGCUAACACCGCCUUGCUGUACUUUAGAGGCACGCAAGAAGCUGAGUGACAACCCCCCAACCGCCCCCUGUGUGUUCUCUCUGACGUCAGUCAUGCGUGCCUCAUUAAUUGGUUCAGAUGGAGGGGGCGGUAACGUAGGGGGAAUUCCCCUCCUCUUCCUCGUCUAAUGUGACAAAUGUUACUUUUCCGGUUCACUGUCACUCAUUCAGCGCGGUUCAUUCAGGAGAAGGUGACCUGUGAUAAGACUGAGAGCGUUGUGCAUCAUGGAUGAUCUUAUGUCCUCCAUACUAGGGGACGAUCCACUCCUGAUGGCCGAGCCAGCCAUGCAGAUCUACGAGCAGCCCAAGCAGAGGGGGAUGCGCUUCAGGUACAAGUGCGAAGGUCGCUCGGCCGGCAGCAUCCCUGGCGAGAAGAGCUCCGACAACAACCGGUCCUACCCCAGCCUGCAGAUUCUGAAUUACUGCGGCAAAGGCAAGGUGCGCGUGCACUUGGUGACCAAGAACGAGCCGUACCGGCCGCAUCCCCACGACCUGGUGGGGAAGGACUGCAAGGACGGAUUCUACGAGGCCGAGUUCGGCCCGGACCGCAGGGUGAUCGCCUUCCAGAACCUGGGCAUCCAGUGCGUGAGGAGGAGGGAAGUGAAAGACGCGAUUGUGCAGAGGAUGACCCGAGGGAUCAACCCCUUUAAUGUGCCACGUGAGCAGUUGCUGCAGACAGAAGAGUACGACCUGAACGUGGUCCGCCUCUGCAUCCAGGUCUUCCUGCAGGACGAGAGCGGCCACUUCACCAGACCGCUCAACCCCAUCGUCACCAACCCCAUCUACGACAACAGGGCCCCAAACACAGCAGAGCUGAGGAUCUGUCGAGUCAACCGAAACAGUGGCAGCGUCAAGGGAGGGGAUGAGAUCUUCUUACUGUGUGACAAAGUACAGAAAGAUGACAUUGAGGUGCGAUUCUUCUCCGAUGACGGCUGGGAGGCCAAGGGCUCCUUCUCCCAGGCGGACGUUCAUCGCCAAGUGGCCAUCGUCUUUAAGACUCCUUCCUACCGUGACAUGUCCAUCACGGAGUCGGCCACCGUGCAGAUGCAGCUGCGCCGGCCUUCGGAUCAGGAAGUCAGUGAACCGAUGGAUUUUAGAUACCUGCCCGACAACAAAGAUCCUUACGGCUACAACGAUAAAAAGCGCAAGAGAGAGCAAUUGAUGAGGAUUUCAGGAUUGUCAGGUGUUCCUUUCCCUAAUCUGACAAUGACCCGGCCAAAGGCGGUUCCACAGACUCCCAUGAGUUACUUUCCAAAAGAUCUCAGGAACAUGCGGCCUUCAAUGCAGCAACAACCUCCUGUGUUCAACCAGCCCUUCCAAUCAGGAGCUCACAAUAUUAUGAUGUCAUCACAGGCUCCCAAUGUGCCAGUCAACCAUUCGUGGCUAAAUCCCAACCCAGGAAUUUCAAUGGAUACAGUCACCAUAAACCCGUCCGUUGCCGUUAGCAAUCUUCAAUGUCCUAAUGUCAGCAGGCAACAGCAGCCGAGCUCAAGUUACACCCACAGGGUGGAGCCCGGCGGCUUUGAGAACCCCCUCCCUCAGCUCUCCAUGAGGGACUUGCAGUGCUUGGAUCCAGCCCCCCAAGUUCCUGUGAUGAGCCAGUUAGAUUCUCAGGUGCUCUACCAGCUGCAGCACCAAAGGAAGGAGUUUGCGUCUGACACCAGGCAACAGAACCAUCUAGGCAGCCAGAACCAGGGUCUCCAAACUGUGUGGUCCAAUUCCCCUACGCUCAACACCUUUAACGGGUCAGCAGGAGGUGGGUCACAGGGGCUGGGCUCUUUCUUCGGGGGAAUGGAAGGGGAAGAUUUUCUGAAGGGCCUGGUGGGAGGAGGGCUGAAGCAGGAGCCCCAGGUCAUAGUGCGACAAGAGGCCCACCCUUCCGUAAUGCAAUCCCCGAGGGAAAGCCAGGAAAAUACUUACACCAACCUGGUUCCUCGUUCUAUGAGCAACGGCUUUGAUCCAGUGACGCAAGAGGCUUGUGGCAACUCCCAGCCUAAUAAAAAUCAGGAAAUUAAUUUUUCAGGCAACAGGAUGGCAUCCGGUGGCCACUUUCCAACUUUGGCAGACUGGAUCAAAGCAUCUCGGCAAAGCGACUGAAAGGAGCCCGAAGUAGCUCGGAGGAAAGCGUUGGGUCUUGUUUAGCCUUGAAAAGCCAAAGGUUUCGCACCAUCCAUUUAGGCCCACGAAGGAUUGCUUGGGUUAUACAUCAGUGGGGAAAUGACGAAACAUUAUUGUAAGCCCUUUGGACUCUACAACCAUACAAAGGCAUUGUUUCUAGGAGGUGCAAUUGAAUAUGAACCGAUUCCAUCAACAUCACGAGGGGUGGUUCAUACACUCAUCCAUGGUACUUUAAUCGUAGCCAUUGGUCUUUGCUUCCCAAUAUUAUUUUGGAAGGUUUUUAAAAAUGAUAAAAGAUUUGAACCAAAAUAGAUUUAUUGAUACAUCUAUAAGACAAGAACCAUGCAGUUUCAAGAGGUGUUAUUCCAAUCACUCCUUGAAGACUUAUUGGAUGUUAUCCAGACAAGUCAAUCAGACUGAGCUCUCAUGAGUAGUGGCGGCUGGUGGAUUUUUUUUUGGUAGGGCCAGCCAAUCAGUUUCAGUAAAAAUCCCAGUAUGAUUCAAUGCAAAAAAGGCUAUCAAACAAGCAUUAUUACUUUGCAGUUUAAUAUUGAACCUAGUUUGUUGGGGGAACACGCAAUCAGUGUGUUGAGGAAAGACCAACUCAAAAGCCCCACAAAACUUCAAAUAAUUAUUUUGGAUAAAAUGUCCUUUUUCAUCCACGUCCUGGUUGUGUGUCCUGUGUGCGUCGCAGCUGGGCAGCGAUGUUAACUUUAACACAGCGACGUCAUGCGUGCGGAGCGCGACUAUACGUUUCAGUAAACAUCCCAUGAUCCCAAUGAUCAAAACACGCAUUAUUAAGUUGCAGUUAAAUAUUUAACAUUUAUUCCAACAGUUUAACAUAAGGACAUAAUUUUUAAACAAUUUAGUAUAUUAAUGAAUAUGAAUAUAUAAAACAAUAUUCAGAUUAUGAAAACUAUUAAAUUAUUAUUAUAAAUAUCCAAUAUAAAUACCAUAUAACAAAUAUAUUUAAGGAUAAGCAUUUAACAAUAUAAAUAUAUUGGUAUAAAAUCUUUUAGAACGUGUAUAUAUGUAGAAAUUGAGAUGCACCUAUGAACCUAAUUUGUUGGGGAAACAUCCGAUCAGUGUGUUGAGGAAAGACCAACUCAAAAGCCCCACAAAACCCUGUUUUCAUCCACGUCCUGGUUGUGUGUCCUGUGUGUGUUCUGUGUGCGUCGCAGCUGGACAGCGCGUCAUGCGUGCGGUGCGCAUUUCAGUAAACAUCCCAGAAUGGUUCAAUGCAAAAAAAGAUGCAAUAUUACUUUGCAGUUAAAUAUUUAACAUUUAUUUCAACAAUAAGGACAUCUUAUUCAAACAAUUUAGUAUAUUAAUGAAUAUAUAUAUAUAUAAAAACGAUGUUAUUAUAAAACAAUAUUCAGAAUAUAACUACCAUAUUGUUACUAUUAUAAAUAUCCAAUAUAAAUAUCAUAUAAUAAAUAUAUUAAAGGAUAAAUGUAUUACAAUAUAAAUAUAUGUAUAUAAAGAGAGCAUAUAUUUUGUGCAGAUAUCUUAAUUUACAAAUAUUACUGGGUAUAUAAUCCACAUUACAAAAACACAAAUAUUGACUCUUUGUAAAAUGUAUUUUUAAUAUAAUAAACAAAAACCAUUGCUCAUGGUGGGGCCACGCCCCUCAGCCCUCUAUGGACCAGCCGCCACUGCUCAUGAGUUCAACAGGCUUUUGCAUGGCCAUGCCUGGGGAGUAAACAUUACCUUAAAUAGUAAAGAUGACCAACAACAUGCUAAUUGUUUCAAAGCUAAAGUUAGAAUCCUGCAGAAGUGAAUGUAUUACUUUUUAUCUUUGUCUUUUUCAUGUGAAGUUAGAUUCAAUAUUUUAUUACUGUAUAGUGUAAGUAUUUGGUCCCAAAUAACUUGAGGGCAGAUAUACUUAUAAAUUCAAGAUUUUAAGUAAGUGAAAUUGCGUAUUAUUAUGGUUGUACACUUUUUUUAUUGCUUUAUAAAAUAUUCUUACAUAUUUUACUGUUUAAUUGAUUUCUUAUCAGAGUGUUUGCUGUUUAAUCUGUGCAUGUAUGCCAUAGUUGAGAGUGGAAGCAAUAACCGUGCUGAAACGCUCAAGAACUUCCAAGGCACUGAAAUUCCCAUUGAGGAAGUGGGAGGAAGCACUUUUAGUGUUGUCUUUCCUUUGUAAUGACCAUGUCAUAACAGUUAUUGCAUGUGUUAUCCAGAGUCUUUCUACUCUGAUGUUUUUCAGAUAAAGAAGUUAAUGUUGUCGUUUACUGAUCUGUAACUUGUUCAGCUGAGCUUGUCGAUAGUCUAGCUCAGUGUUUCUCAACUGGUGGGUCCCGACCCACUAGUGGGUCGCGGGCCAUUUCAUGGGGGAAAAAAAGUAAUAAAAAAAAAAAUGCAUCCUGGUUUUAUUUUGAAGGGACUUUCUCUAAUGCAGCGGAGUGUCAGUGUUUUUCCGGCUCGUCCUUCCAUGUUAUCAGUCAGCGCGGCAAUUAGAACGCUGAAGCACCCCCACAGUUGAGAACCACUGGUCUAGUUCAAAGACAUUGCGGUUGGAAACCUUGCAGCCUAUAAAUAAACUGUCAACUGUAGUCUAGCUCGUCUUAGCGUGCUGUUUUUACUUGUAUGACCUCAAGAAGCUUUUUCGUUGUAAAAAAAAGUAUAUAUUUUGAUGACUAUUUUUUUCUACAACAUCAGUACUUAAUAAAUGUAUUUUUU